CCUAGGAACAACACUGUUCUCAGACAGGUUAACUAAACGCCAUUGUUGGACUGAAUGAUCUUUAUUUUGUUAAAAUAAUUUUGUUUAUUAAUGGACACAAUAAGACGUUUUAGUGUAAGUGCUUAGCAAUUAUUAGUGCAAUAGUGAUAGUGAUUAUAACUAUUUUUAAACAAGUAAAAUAAAUACAAAGAUUAGUCAAUGUCAGCAGGCGUGUCAGAUCAGCGGAUGAAAGGACAGGGAAAUCAAGUGUCCAAUGGCUCUAAAGAACAGCUAGGUGCAGGAGAGGGAGCAGCAGGCUCAGAAGAGUUUGAAACAUGGAGAAGCCAGCAACAGAACACCACUGCUCACACUGCUUAUGGAGCUUCCGUUCCAAUUUCCAGUGCAACAGAUAUUUACAAUAUGAGCACAGCAGGUUAUUACGGAAGUGGAGGGACUUACCCUUAUCAAGCAUAUGGAGUAGGAGAUGGAACAUGGUCAAAUGGAACAGACCCAAUGACAUUUUUAAGUGGAUAUCCCCACGACUCUUAUUCCAUGGAUGGCAUGUUUGGUCCAUCAACAACUUUUUCAACGCCAACAGCUUUUGCUGGCCAGCACUCGUCAUUCAACUAUUUCCACAGCAAUGGAGACUUCAACACUUGGGGAAGUCAAUUAGGAGGCCAACGAAAGUAUGAUGAUUACUACAGGGAUCAUCAAAAUAUGUACACUCAAGCUAUGCCUGAUUCUACUUUAAAAAGUGUAGAACAAGCAAUGCAAAAUUUAGAUUUAAAAGCUUCCAUGGAUUCAAAAGAAUCUAUGGGGCAACAGAAGAAGACUACAUGGGCGAGCAUAGCAAGCCAACCUGCCAAACCCCAACUUUCCAUCCAAAAUCAGGGGCUAAAAAAGAAAGGACCUGGAAUGCCUCCUGGUCCCAUAGUCCCAGGCAAACAUAAUAUGGACAUUGGUACCUGGGACACCAACAAAACCCCACCUCAACUACCGCCGGCAGUUACUAAUACCCCAAAGAAUGUGGUUCCAUCAGCAGUGGCUGUAAGACCAGGUUGGAAUGGACCUCCAACUAAUAGACAAGCCCCACCAGUUGCCCCUCGUCCACAGCAUCCUAUGCCAACUUAUCAGCCACAAGGGAUGAUGCCCUCACACUUGCCACCUCAGGUCAAUAUGCCUACAGGACACUUGCAGGGGAUGAUGCCACCUCCAAUGCCAGCAAUGAUGGUACCAACUCCUCCCGCCAGUGCUGCAGCCAUUCAUCAUCCAGUUCUUGAUGAACUAAAGGGGAAAAAUAAUUACAAUCCAACAGAUUUUGACUUGACUGCUCCAAAUGCUCGUUUUUUUGUUAUUAAAUCUUAUUCUGAAGAUGACAUUCAUAGGAGUAUUAAGUAUGAAAUAUGGUGUAGUACGGAACACGGCAACAAGCGACUGGAUCACGCCUAUAGGGAACGUGAAGGUGCUGGCGCGAUUUUUCUCUUCUUUUCUGUAAACGGUUCAGGACAUUUCUGCGGGAUGGCGCAAAUGGUCUCCGCUGUAGACUAUCAUGCCAAUAGUUCUGUUUGGUCGCAGGAUAAAUGGAAAGGACAAUUUAAGGUGCGUUGGGUUUACGUAAAGGAUGUUCCGAAUGUUCAGUUACGUCACAUCCGGCUAGAAAAUAACGACAAUAAGUCAGUGACGCAAUCAAGAGACACUCAGGAAGUGCCUCAUUCAAAAGGUGUGCAAGUACUUCGUAUUAUGCACUCAUAUAGACAUUCAACAUCAAUAUUUGAUGAUUUUGUGCAUUAUGAAAAAAGGCAAGAGGAGGAGGAUAACCGUAAACAACCGCUGGUGAAAGAAAAUCCCGGUGGCGGACAAGGUGGACAUGAAUCCGCCGGUGUUAGCGGCGGAGGCCAAAUUAGGGAACACAGAGACAGAGGGGACCAUAGAGGCGGUAGAAAUCAUGAUAGAGAUGGUGAUAGUGGACAUCGUUCUGGCGGAAACCAUAGAAAUAAUGACCAUCAUGGUGGCGGAGGACAUAAGGACCGUGACAACAACAGAGGCCGCGGGGGUCGUGGUGGUCGAAACUAAAAUGAAGAAUUAAACAAGAAUAAAACAUAACAUAUUGUUACGGCUGCUGUGUUUACUCUAGUGUUAUUUCUAUGAUCGGCUUUAAUUGGACGCCGUUCACGUUUAUUUUACCGACACUCAACAUCUUAAAUUAUGUUAUUAAAUUGCAUAUUAAUAGAAAAAUUAAUAGGCGCAGAUCAGCAGUUUUUAUAUUAGACAGUUGUCUUGUUUUUUUUUUUAGUAAUUAUUGCUUAAAUCUGUUGCUUUUCCAUUUUUGAUAAUCAUUUUGAGUGUUGCUAACAUUCGCUUAAAGAAUUUUAAUUUUUUACUCAUUUAUCAAAAUUGAUUUAAUUUAGAAAAUUCAACAGAUUUUUAAUUUGGGAAUAUGGAUCAAUAUUGUCUUUUUGCAAUUGAGGAAAUCUCUUUUUUUUUUGUAUAAAAUUUUUAUUAUUUUUUUAAUUAAAUUAGAUUAAGAGAAGACAAUAAAUUUGCAAAAUAAAAACUUGUAUUUUGUAUUUAAGAUCAAAAUAUCUAGCAUCUUUAUUUGGAAAUAAAACAAUCAAAUAUUGAAUACAUGUUGAAUCAAAACACGUCCAAUGAUUGGUAUCUGUUUUUAUAAACUAAUGAUUUUAAUUAUUAUUGUGAUUAAAGAAAAAGGUUUUAAAUCUAGUGAGCACAUCCAAAACAUUGAUCCUUCAAACUCUUGAUAGUCAAAAGAAGUUAUAUUGGAAUUAAAUUGGCUAAUAGUGUUUACAUAGAACAAUAUUACUACGUGGACGUUUCUUGAAUAAUCAUCGGCAGGACAAUUGUCUCAUUGACUGUCUUGAAAGUUGUUUAAGACAGUAUUCUUGCUCCAGAAGUCAAAUUUUGUAACACCUUGUUGAUUUAUCAGAAAAUACAGAGAAAAUAAAUUGUUUACAACUCUUAUUUGAUUCUAAAAAAAUUGACAGAACAUUUAGAAUUUUAUUCUUCAUUUUUACCUCAUGUUAUUACACUAAAUUUGAAUCUCAAUCCAUUAUUUUUAAUUUUGUUCUUUUUUUUUAAGUUCUUGUACUAUUUUUCCUUAUUUUGCGCUAUUUCGUUUAUUUUCCCCAUUCUUUUCCCCAGUAUUUUAUCAAAUAUCAUAUUUUGAUGUUUGGUGUUUUAUUUCCAAAUAAGUUCUAGUGUUUGAAUUAAUAUAAAAAUGUUGGCAUCAUUUUCAAAAUGACUGUAUACAAUUUAAUAAGCCGGUAACGAUUCCUCCUUUUCAAUUUGAAUUUAUAUGUGUGGGUUCUCUUAAACUUUUCAAUAUAUCGUUUAUAAAACAUUAAAGGUAAAUGGAUUCUAGCAGAGUAGUUGUACAAUAAUUGUCCACUCUUCGGAUCGGUAAAGAAGAAAAUAGUGCAGUGUUUUCGUUUGUGUGCCAGCGUGAUAUGGACCUAAAUAAAUUAAAUUGUAAUAUAUAAUGUGCGAACUGUAGUUGAAUUUUUCUGGACUAAUGUUAACAAUUCGUUCGUACAGCCGAAGCUGUAUUGAAUAAUUAAAAAAAAAAAUAAAAAAUACAACAUUCAGUGGGCGACGAACUGUCGUGACUGUGCAAGUGACCGCGAUCUCGCAACUUUUGAACUGUAAUAACAAAUUGGCUACCAAGUAUUUAGUUGGACGAACACUGACAUAUUUGUUUAUAUCUGUUACAGUUUUACUAAUGUUUUUCAAUUUUCUAAUAACUUGUAGGUGAUGAUGGUUAUGAUAAAAUAAUAAUAUGAACUGUAUGCACCAUUUUAAAAAUAUUUGUUGAGAUUACAUAGUUUAAUAUAAGGCUACUAAAACCACAUUCUUGCUAUGUUCUUAUUACAUAUAAUUUAGUGAUGGGAUUGGUAUUUUAUGUAUAAUUUGAUUUAUUGUAAAAUUGUCUAAACAUUCUUUUGCAAACCGUUUUUGUUUCUGAUUGUAUUUUGUUAUUUUCAAAAAUACAAAGUGAUUUAAAAGUUGAUUCGUUUCUUCAACUGAGUGUUUCAAUAAAUAAUAUUGGUGGUUAUUUUCAGGAAAAGAUAUUUAGGGUGGGCCAAAACUAAUUUCUUUUUCACAGCAAGAUAUAUGUAUAUCAAGAAAGACAAUUUAAAAAUAAUUUCAAUUGUACAGGGCUCUUCAGGAAAGUGAUUACAUACUAAAGUUUAGUUUAUUUUUGAAUUACUCUUGUUUUUGCUAUUCUAACAAUAUCCGAUAGUAUAGAAUUACAAAUGCUAUAACCAGUUUUAUAUGAAAAUUGUAUUAAUUUCAAUGAUCUUACUGCCGUAAAUGCUUAAUAAAUCAAUUUGUGUUAUAUCCACACAAACAAAUUUCAAAUUAACCUUAAAAUACUUUAAACCGUAAUAAAUACAACAUAUUAAAAAUAGUAGAAGUAAAACACGGAUUUUAAAAAUUUUCCUUGACAAAACCUGAUCUAAGCUAUGACAGAAUUGGACUUAUUAAAGGUUCGUAUUUCCAAAAAUUGUAUUUUAAUAAGAAAAUAUUCAACUUUUAAAUUAUUUUAAAUAAAAUUCUUCAGCUGUAUGUUAUUAAUUAAUUCUGUGUACCAAGAAGAACCAAUGUCAAAAUUGGAAGAUAUUUUUGUGUUAUAUUAACGAAUUAACCUUUAUUUAAAAAGAGAAUUGAAUGUCAGUGACAUAUGCCUUUAAUAUUGGUAGUUUUUUCACCUAUAAUAAUAGAAAAAUAUAAAAAUAUCAACCAUUUUUUGAACUGAUGGAGAUUCCUGAAUGUAUUGAAAUCAACUAAUUAUCCCAUCACUAAUUUGGCAUUUCCACAAUAUAAUCAUUUAAAAUUAUAUAGUUAAGUUUUUCUGGAAUGAAUUUAAAAUUUGAAUUGCUUUUACAAGUUCACACAAGUAAUUUCUAUUAUAUUUUUCAGUAAACUAAAUUUAAAAUUUUCCUAUUGCCUGUCCUCUAUUUAAAUUUUUAUUUUAAAUACUAUAAAGUAACAUAUUUUUAAAAGUUUAUAACUCCAGAAUGGAAAAAGAUAUCCAAGUGCAGUUUUCGCUGACGUAGUUGCCAAAUGUAUAUUUUUUCCUGAAACUGCCGCAAAAUUAUAUUAUUUAUAAAAGUCAAGCCAGUUAUAUUACAAAUUUUCAAAUCUCAAAUCUAUAAUGUAAAGUUAAAAAAUAGAAUUUAUCAUGUUUCUGUUUUAUUUUAGCAAUAAAAUUAGGCAAUGAAUAAUUUAAUUAAAUCGGUACUAAAAGCUGAAAACAUUUAUUUAAAACAAAUCUGAGACUUGGUUCUAUGUUUUAGGAAAUAAAAAACUGGUCUUUAUAGAUCGAAUUACAUGGGACAUAUUUAGAUUUCCUUUUUACAGUUUUGGCUUUACCUCGAAUAUAAUUUUCACCGUAUAACUUACAUUGGUUAUCUAGCAGGCAUGUCAAAAUAAUAAACUAACUAAAAUUUGUCAUCUAUCUUUAGCAACACAGAAAAGGGACCCCAAAAAAACCGGAAUUUAUUUAUAAUAAAGAUGGCUUUAUACUUAGAGCAGCUUCCUUGUAUGUCGUCUGUGACAUAACAGUUUAUACUGCAUUUUUCUCCUCAUACAUUGUUUCAAUCAUCAAGAAAUAGGUGAGCACUUUAUAAGCUGAAUAGCUCAGCAAUGUCUGCAGGUACAUUAAUUCAGAUGUGAAUCUCGAAUACGUUAUAGCAGUGGAGGUCUGUACUGCAAAAGAUCCACUAUUUAGAAAAUUGUUCCUAGUACACAAAAAAAAAUUCCCCAUGAUAAUUUGUGUCAAAAUGUUUUGAAGAAUUACUUAAUAAUUUGAUAAAGGUUUUUUUUAAUUUGUAUGACAUAGGAAAAUCAAAAUUUUUGUUUUUAAGACAAAUUCUAAAUAAAUGAUUUAAUUUUUGAUUAUGACUAGUCUAUUCACCUCUAAGUAUUUGCUGAUUAAACUGUAGGGCUAUUGUUUGUUAAUCUGUCAAGUAAACCUACAUGUAACUUUACUGAAAGGUGAAAAGAUGUGCUCUUGACCUAUUAAUAAUAAUUAUUCCUAUUUAAAGAGGAACAAUAUACUCAAUAGUUUUUUCUUUCGAUUUUUGUUUAACGUUGUUUGUAUGUAUAUUGUAAAUAAUUGUAAAAAUGUAUAUUACCAUCCGAAAUUCAAUAGUUUCGAUGUAUUUCAUAGCAAAUUUGUUUAAAAUUUUGUGGAGUUAUUUACUAUGUAAUUUGAACAUGGCAGGUUUGGUUUUGAAGUAAUCUAUCUGUACACUGUGCCUAAUAAGUUAGACUGAUGCACUCGGUGCAUUUGUUAGUUAUGAUUAUACUGAUUUACGUGUGUGAUCCGAAAAGUGGGCGUCUGUUGAUAGCGACGUCAUUAAUAAAUCAUCAAUAUUAUCUUUAGUUUUGUUAACUUUGUUUUAUUACCCUUACCGCCUUAUUCACAAAAGAUAUCUAAAGGUACUUUGUAAGUUACAGAUGGGCAAACUUUAAUGAAUCUCUACUAAAAUUGGGCUAUAUUUCACAAUCUGUUACUUAAUUACUUGUGUUUUUUAAUCAAAAUACAAUUUUUUUAGAUAACAUAGGUCUGCAAAAAAACUAUUUUGCUGCAUA